GUAAAGAUUUUAACCACAAGAUACAAUCUAUUAAUCAAAUUAUGCUAUAAAUUAUUUUCAGUCACACUUGUACAGUCUGUUAUGAUACGCAAUUCUCCAACAAAUGUAACCGUACUACAAGGAAGUGACGCUACAUUCUUCUGUAACGUCAUUGAACAACGAUCAACAGACUAUGUGUUUUGGAAGAAGGUGACACGUACCGGAUUCGUCGAAAUACUAUCGUAUAAUGGCAAUAGUAUAAACGGAUCAAAGUAUUUAAUACAAGGAUCGUACUCACUGACCAUAAAGCAAGCCGUUUUGGAUGACGAGGCGUGGUAUGAAUGUCAGGCUGGCGUAGAUAGGGCAAAGGCGAUGUUAACCGUUAAUGUGAUGAUGACCAACAUGACAUUGACCUGGGGAACGGAUCCACCAUUCACAGGAGAAAAUCUAGUAAAUCUGACAUGUCAUGUCAUACAUAGUAGACCACCGGCAGAUGUCACAUGGUUCCACGGGCAGACGGAACUAACUGGACUUGCUUCUACUUGUCAAAAGUCUAAUGAUGUAGAUGGUUUCGGCGACUCGAUAAGCACUCUAACGGUUGUCAUAGGACCGGAAGUAGACAAUGCUCCCUACAGAUGCGUUGCAUCACUGCCGAACUCUGACGUUACAAGGACUUUAGUAACGUUUGCUACUAAAGCAGCAGGUUACACAUCUGGAUGCCAGAGCUAUACAUAUCGGACACUUACAUUGUUUUCACCACUCGCUGUGUUAAUUUUAUACAUGGAACCCACGUGGUGUUAAUUUUAUACAUGGAAAAUCAACCUCAUUUCUGAUACAGUUACGUCAUAUUUAUCAAUGAACUAUUACAAUAUAUAAAAGUGUCUUGAUAUCAUGUUAGAGCGAUAAUUUGGUGAGGCAAAAUAAUUAGUCAGAAUGUUUUCAUUAUAGAAAUCAAACAUUUCUUUCUAUCAGUUUCUAUACUGAAGAAUAUCUACAACUACAUAUUGUUUUAAUGCAAUUUAUUUGAAUACUACAAACUCAAUUUGGCAAUUAGUGUAUGGACGAUAUAGGCAGACGUAGAAAAAAAUUUACCUGUCUUUCAAGCUUCUUAUUUUCAAAUCACAUGAAUCGUAAAGUACCCAUCAUACUCGUCUUUACAACCAUAUUCAGUUAAAUUGUUUCUUAAGACUACAUUCAUUAUCCCCGGUACAACUAAAAGCUCAAGUAUUUGCACAAAUUAUUUUGUCCGCAAAGGAGAAGAGUUCUUUAAGACUAUGUGUCUUUCAUUCGUGUCCUUUCCUACUUAUUUAAUUUGUACAUGUAUUACUGGGAAUAAAUAUGAUUAAACUAAGCUAGAAGCCAAACAAGUAAUAAAAAAGCGUUCUUGAUUACGUUAGUCGUUGUUUACAAGUUCUAUAUGUUGGCUUCUAAUUUCCUUUGAUGCUAUACAGAUGGCGAUCGUUGCUCCUUCUUCUCAGUAUUAUAUUUUUGCAGACGACUGUAUCUGACGUUGUCAAAACAUGUUAUUUCUUCAUUGUUUUCUUUAGUAAAAGGCUUUCUUAUUUCGAUGACAUUAUUCGUGUCAAUUUAGUUGCAACCAAUCUAUAUUCUAAUAUUCAUUGGAUACCUUUCUUUCCAUCAGAUCUGCAGUUCAUAAAAUGUAAUACCUGAAGAUCAAUUUCCCUGAUCACAAAUAAAAUAUUCUUUGAUAAGCUGAAACUGCAUACACAAACAGACAAGAAAGAUUUAUUGUUUUCAAAAAAAAUACCAAAAACAAAAGCAAAGCUGUCAUUAAAGUCAAAACCAAGCUUUUGUUGUAAAAAGUAAAUAAAUGUAUUCCAAUUUAAAUAAAGUUAGCUAAGCAAUUAUUAAGCAAUGCCAAAGUAUGUUCUUCCAUAGGUCUCACAUAGUU